AUAUACUGCGAACCAUCGUAGUAACCAAAUACUGUAGGGAAUGAAAAAAAAUUUCAGAGUAUCAUAUUAGUUAAGAUCUAUUUUAAAGACCUUAAGCAAGGAAUAUUAAACAAUGGCUCCAAAGGGAAAGAAAGUCGCUCCAGCUCCAUUAGCUACCAAGAGCUCCAAGACCACCAGUGUCAAGAACCCAUUAGUUGACUCUACUCCAAAGAAUUUUGGUAUUGGUCAAUCUAUUCAACCAAAGAGAAACUUAUCAAGAUUCGUCAGAUGGCCAGAAUAUGUUAGAUUACAAAGACAAAAGAAGAUUUUAUCUUUAAGAUUAAAGGUCCCACCAACCAUUUCUCAAUUCCAACACACUUUAGACAAAAACACUGCUGCUCAAGCUUUCAAAUUAUUCAAUAAAUACAGACCAGAAACUGCUAUUGAAAAGAAACAAAGAUUAACCAAAGAAGCUGCUGCUGUUGCUGAAGGUAAAUCCGCCAAGGAUGUUUCUCCAAAGCCAGUUGUUGUCAAAUACGGUUUAAACCAUGUUGUUUCCUUAAUUGAAAACAAGAAAGCUAAGUUAGUUUUAAUUGCUAACGAUGUUGACCCAAUUGAAUUAGUUGUUUUCUUACCAGCUUUAUGUAAAAAAUUAGGUGUUCCAUACGCUAUUGUCAAGGGUAAGGCUAGAUUAGGUACUUUAGUUCACAAGAAAAACGCUGCCGUUGCUGCCUUAACUGAAGUAAAUGCUGCUGAUGAAGCUGAAUUAGCCACUUUAGUUUCUACCAUUAACGCUAACUUCAUUGAAAAAUACGAAGACAACAGAAGACACUGGGGUGGUGGUAUUAUGGGUGCUAAAGCUCAAGCCAAGGCUUUAAAGAGAGCCAAGCUUGCUGCUACUCCAACCAACAACUAAAUGUAGUAAACUACGAUUUCAUAUCACGAGCUUGUUGAAUAUAGAAUUGUUUGAAGUAACCUCUUCUAUUAUUGUUAAUUAGUUCUACUUCGUUAAAAUAUAAUAUAUACGCACGUUUUAACAGGCUUUUGUAAUAUGUCCGAUAUUAAAGCUAGCUUUAUAGAACUACCCAUUUAGAGAAGUUUUAGAGUUAGUAUGUAGUAAAUUAUAAUAUAAUUCGAAUUUUCAUCUAGUAAUAGGAUUUGCUGGUUCAGCAUUCUACCUAUUGCUACCAAUUCGUAAACCAUGUUAAUAAUAAAAUAUAGAUGCCGAGUAAAUUCUAAAGUUUUUGCAACCGACUUAACUAUCUCAUAGUCGGUAGUGCCACAGCAG